CAACUGCGUACAUUGACCUAGGAGACAGCGCAACAAUUGAGAUAAAAUUUAAACCCCAAGUUGUCUUAAGAAAGUGGAAAGAGAUGGUUCUCUAACAGGUUUCCAAAAUUCUCUUUGAUACUGCAGAUGGUUGUGGGAAGAAAAAGAACAUAAUCAGAAAAUGUUCCAAACAAAAAGCUUCCUGGCCAUGAAGUCAAGCUUUGGGAUACUGGUUAUGUCUUCCUUGGCAUUGAUUCUGGUGUUCAAGUUCUCAAUUUUCAAUGGAGACAGUAGAUUGGUGGUGACGAAGUCGAUAUUGAUUUCGACUCAGAAACCACUGGGAAUCAUGGAGGAAGAAGAUGAGGAGGAGGUAAUUCUACCGGAGGAGGAGGUGAUUCUACCGCCGGAGGACUGUGAUCUGUUCACCGGAAAUUGGGUUUUUGACAACUUAACUCAUCCUCUAUACAGAGAAGAUGAAUGUGAGUUUUUAUCUCGACAAGUAACUUGCGUUAGAAAUGGAAGACCAGACUCUUCUUACCAGAAUUGGAGAUGGCAACCCCACCGAUGUUCUUUGCCAAAAUUCAAAGCAAAGUUGUUGCUGGAAAAACUCCGAGGGAAGAGGCUAAUGUUUGUCGGAGACUCAUUGAAUCGGAACCAGUGGGAAUCAAUGAUUUGUCUUCUUCAAUCUGCUGUUCCUCAGGGGAAGAAGAGCCUCAGCAAGACGGGGGAUCUCAAUGUCUUCAAAAUUGAGAUUGAAUCUUACAAUAGAUUUGCAAAUUUUUAAGUCAACUUGUAAUGCCUAUGAAAUUAUAUAAAUCUCUUUAAUUAAU